UGUCUGGUCUACUGUAGCCCUACCGGUGUUUAUGCAAACCCGACAUGAUAUGGUCUAGCUAGCCAGCAUUUAGUAGACACGUAAAGGACGCGGGAUCAUAACAAAUACGCACACACACACACCUUCGUAUUACCCUGAAAGAGGCGCAAUUUUUCUACAUACAACCAUGUUAUCUGCGGCUAGUCAUUUGGCCAAACGAGGGAUUCGCACCACAAUGCAACACAUGGUAUCGAUGAGGGUUGCUAUCAUUGGACAAUCUAAUUUUGGUGCAGAGGUGUAUAAAUCUCUUAAGGAUAAAGGACAUAAAAUUGUGGGAGUUUUCACAAUCCCUGAUGUCCAGGGAAAAGCUGACCCUUUGGCACAAGAAGCAGAGCAGGAUGGCAUUAAAGUUUUUAAGUAUCCAAGAUGGCAAGUUAAAAAGGUAGCAGUGCCGGAAGUUGUAGAAGAAUACAAAAGUCUAAAUGCAGAAAUCAAUGUUAUGCCAUUUUGCUCACAAUUUAUUCCAUCAGAAGUUACAGAAUUUCCUAAGCAUGGAAGCAUUAUUUAUCACCCUUCGUUGUUACCUCGACAUAGAGGUGCUUCUGCCAUCAAUUGGACGCUAAUGGAAGGUGAUGAGAAGGGUGGAUUUACUGUAUUUUAUGCUGAUGACGGUUUAGACACAGGACCAAUUCUGUUACAAAAAGAAGUGGACAUUGACCCUAAUGAGACUGUUGAUACAUUGUAUAACAGGUUUUUAUAUCCAGAGGGGAUAAAAGGAAUGGUUGAAGCAGUUGAAUUGAUAUCAGAAGGUAAAGCUCCAAAAAUAACUCAACCAACUGAAGGAGCAACUUAUGAUAAAAUAUGGAAGAAGAAAGCUGUUGCAAAGAUUGAUUGGAGCCUACCUGGAAAAAAACUGCACGAUUUUAUCAGAGGGAAUGACAAGCUUCCAGGAGCUUGGUCAACAAUUGAUGGGAAGGAAGUUACUUUUUAUGGAUCAGCAAUGUAUCACCGUAAAGUAUUACCGAUUGGUACAGAGGUUAAGAUUGAUGGUCUUGAUACUCCAGCCUUGAUUCACAAGACUGGAAUGGUUCUCACUGCAUCAGAUGGCCAAACUAUUAAUGUAAAAACACUGCAGUUGGAUGAUGGCAAAAUGAUUCCAGCAUCAAAAUACGGGCAAGCAUCUGAUGAACAUGUAGAGCUAGUUCUUACAGAUGAGGAACUUAAAAUUAAAGAUGGCAUAAAAAAUAUUUGGUCAGCCAUAUUAAAUAUUCCUAAUAUAGAAGAUUCUACUGAUUUCUUUAAAUCUGGUGCAGCAUCCAUGGAUGUAGCAAGAUUAGUUGAAGAAAUAAAGCAGAAAUGUGGAGUUGCAUUGACCAAUGAGGAAAUCUAUAUGAACACAACAUUCCAAGAUUUGGUGUAUUUCUCUAUCAUGAAAUCUCGAGGUUUAACAGAAGAAAAAUUUAGUUGUGAUUAUUUGGAGUUGAAUGUGAACAAUAUGAAAGUGGACAUGCCAUUCCAGUUGUUUAUCAAUGGAGAAUUCGUUGAAGCACAUAGUGGAUUAACAUUUGAAACCAUCAACCCUACAGAUGAGUCUGUUCUUGCCGAAAUAUCUCUCGGUGGUAAAGAAGAUGUUGACCUGGCAGUUGCUGCAGCCAAGGAAGCAUUUAUUAAUGGCCCUUGGAGUACAAUGAAUGCACGAGACCGAGGCAAUCUCAUGUACAAAUUGGCAGAUCUAAUGGAUGAAUAUCGCGAAGAACUAGCUACUAUAGAAGCACUGGACUCUGGAGCUGUAUACACAUUAGCAUUGAAAACACACGUUGGAAUGUCGAUUGACACGUUUAGAUAUUUUGCUGGAUGGUGUGAUAAAAUACAUGGAGAUACUAUUCCAAUCAACCACGCCCGACCAAGCAAGAAUCUCUGCUACACGAAAAAAGAACCUUUAGGUGUGUGUGGAUUAAUAGUUCCAUGGAACUAUCCAUUGAUGAUGUUGGCAUGGAAGAUGGCACCAUUGCUUGCAGCUGGAAAUACUGUUGUUUUGAAACCUGCAAAUGUCACUUCCAUGACUGCAUUAAAAUUCGCUGAACUGACCGUCAAAGCUGGUUUCCCAAAAGGAGUUAUCAAUAUUGUUCCAGGUUCAGGUCGAGUUGUUGGACAAGCAAUAGCAGAUCAUGCAGAUGUGAGAAAAGUUGGUUUCACUGGAUCUACACCAAUUGGUGCAGGUAUUAUGAAAAGUGCUGCUGUUAGUAACAUCAAAAAAGUAUCUUUGGAACUUGGUGGAAAAUCACCCUUGGUUAUUUUUAGUGAUUGUGAUAUGGACAAAGCUGUCCGACAGGGUGUUCUCGCAUGUUUGUUCAACAAAGGAGAGAACUGUAUAGCGGCAGGACGAGUAUUUGUGGAGGAUUCUAUUCAUGACGAGUUUGUUAGACGAGUGAUUGAAGAAGUAAAACAGCUGAAGACGGGUGAUCCUUUAGAUCUAUCCACUUCACAUGGACCGCAAAAUCACAGAGCGCACUUUGAAAGUCUGCUUGAUUACAUCGAACAAGGGAAGAAAGAAGGAGCGAAACUUGUCUACGGCGGCAAAAGAGUCGGUGACAAAGGUUUGUUUCUUGAACCAGCUAUCUUCACCGAUGUUAAAGAUGGUAUGUUUAUCGCUACUGAAGAAUCUUUCGGACCUGUCAUGAUCAUUUCAAGAUUCGCCAAUGGUGAUAUCGAUGGUGUAUUGAAAAGUGCAAAUAACACAGAAUAUGGUUUAGCUUCGGGUGUAUUCACUAAAGACUUAAGUCAGGCAAUGAGAGUGGCUGAUGGAUUGGAUGCUGGUACAUGCUUUGUUAACACUUACAACAAGACUGACGUAGCUGCUCCAUUUGGUGGCUUCAAACAAUCCGGCUUUGGAAAAGAUUUAGGACGUGAAGCUUUAAACGAGUACCUGAAAACAAAAGUCAUCACGAUUGAAUAUUAAAUCAACAUAAAUUAACAUAACUAAUCAGUUGAUCUGAUUGGUUGUUUUUAACUCGAUAAACGUCCUGAUUGGUUGAGCGUGGGUUUUGCGUUUAAUUAUUUCAUUUAACGUCAUUUACCUCUAUGAGGUAAUUAUUUUUAUUGUGAUAGUUUUAGAAGGAUGAGUAUUUCUCUUACCGACAGGCAAUUUUAGAGCAGUGUAUAUAUCAUGGAAUUGGUGAAUAUGCAGUGAGAAGAAGUUCAGAAAAGUUAUCACCAUUUCAAGUGGUGGUAUUGUUCCGUGCGUCUGUUUUGUUUGUGAAUCGACUAUUUUUUUCGGAAUGAUAUUAAGUCGACUAUACAUCGGACGGAAUAACAUCCACUUUGUUAGCAACAGCUUUAAGCUUAAAUGGAGAAAAAUUUGACCUACGGUUUAAACAUCCUUGUGGUAAGUAAGUGAGUAACGGGAAGUGUAAAUGUCAUUGAGGAUUCCAUCCUAAUGGCAGGCUAAUCUUUUUCUCCAACGGUAACUAUGUUACAUUUCGUGUUGCAUUGAUUUGACUGUUCAAGUAUUCGUAAAAGUUUUCUUACAUACGCAUUUUAUUAUAGGUGUUAUUUUUAAGAAAAAUUCGCAUUGUUUUUAAAGUAAUCUUCUAGUAAAGGAAGUAUAUUUUUUACUGUGAUCAUAGAAAACAGUAGAUUUUUAUAACUAACCUCACGGAAUUUAAAGAUAGAUCAAAGUCAAGGAAUUGUCAGGGAAUUUUUCUUUCACUGCUUGAGAACGUUGCAUAGGUUAGCCCUAUUAUUUUUAUGAUGAGAUUUUGUUUCUGGCUUGUUCUGUAUAUAUAAUAACCUUUUUACUUAUAGUAAUGGCAUUUAUGUUUUUUUCGUAGUGUCGUUUAGUGUUUUGUUGUCAAUUUAACUUUUAGACGAAGAAUUUAUAGACUUGAUUGCGGGUUUAGUUUUGUUCACGUUGUUUAGAUACUAAAGUGUAUAAAUUAACAGAAAUAGAGAUAGUUUAAAUGCA